UUGCCAUCACUUUUUGCCCUUUCAUCAUACAGCAUUGUGGAAAAUCAGCGAAAAAAGGAAUCAUGGUUGAUAGAAAAGCUGUUAUCAAGAAUGCUGACAUGCCAGAAGACAUGCAGCAGGAAUCGGUCGAUAUAGCUACACAGGCCCUAGAGAAGUACAACAUUGAAAAAGACAUCGCCGCUUAUAUCAAGAAAGAGUUUGACAAAAAGUUCAACCCAACCUGGCACUGCAUUGUUGGACGCAACUUCGGGAGCUAUGUAACACACGAAACCAAGCAUUUCAUUUACUUCUACCUUGGACAGGUCGCCAUUCUGCUCUUCAAAUCUGGUUGAGUGAAAGAAGUUAUCGGUAAUCAAGAUGGCGGUUAUUAUCUUUUUCCAUCCGUUGCAGAGAUUAUGAAUAUAGAUGCAGUCAGACAGAAUCAUGUUUUUACUUUUUGUGAUAAUUGUUCGCCUAUUCGAUUUGAAUGUGUACAGUGUAGCAGUUUGUAGGACUUUCUUUAGCUACAGCUACUAAAUAUACCAGGAAAUAGACGGAACAGUGAUUGAAACAUUGAAAUGUGGUAUUCUUUACUUGAUGUAGUUCUGAUCAGAGUUGUCCUCCCUCUAAACAAAAAUGAGCACUUCCGAGACAAUGAGACAGCAAUGCUAUGGUGCUAAGGAAGGGAUGACAAGGGUCAUUCUUGCCAACUAUAAAGCUUUUAUAUUUAUGAUUUCUUAUAGUUUACUAUUAGAUUUUAUAUGUGAUAUUUGUGAGUGGAACAAAUUUAUAAAGCCUGCUAUAUUUGUUGUUAAAUAAAAUUUACCGUUAUAUA